CCCGGGGUUAACGUUUCCGCGACUACCGGGCCCGGGCUCGCUUGAGAUUGCGACCUGGUAACCGCACGUCAACUAACCUUAACCUUGAUCUCCCAACUUUUCCUGCUUGCUAUAUCUAUUCACGGUACGACCAUUCAUGAAUCCACAUACCGGAUCGGACGACGAUAGCCCUCACCAAUACUACCAAUGACCGACGUGACAUCCUCAAUCCCAGUCCAAAAGGCCACCGCUGGGGAGUUCGAUCCCACCAUUCGCCGAGAACAGCAUAUCGACCAUCACAAUGAGAUGUUACGUGCAAAAGCGAAGGAGCGAAAGCUGUCGUCUGAUCCGUCUACUGCCAAUUCUGAACAAGAGCACAAGGCGAAGCGGGUUGCGCUCCAUGCAGCGUUGCAGAGGAAGGUUGAGGUUAUUAAGGACGAUACAGGGUUUAGGUCUACGUUGGAGAGUCUUGGACAGCUGGCACCGGUGGUUGGUAUGCUCUUGGGUCCGAUGAGUAUCUUAUUGGCAAUCCCUUCCCUCACACAGCGAUGGCGAGCGCGACUCAUCAAUGGUGAUGAAGUGUUUCAACCGGAUCCUGGAAUCAAUAUUGUGCUAUCGAGUAUCAGCUUAUUCUUUGAUGUCAUGGGCAACGCAUGUCUCCUCGUCCGGUUCAUCAGAGGUCGGGUAUCUACAAAGAUCUGGGGAAUGAUGAUCAAAGUCUGUCUCAUCUGUUGGUCAUCAAAGAUCAUAAUCAACAUCAUCAACUAUAUCAUAUUCAGCGUCAGGCACCCGGAAGUACCGGGUGAGAUUAUUUAUUUGCAGGGGUAUUGGGUUGGGAUUUGCUCGUGUAUAGUGUCGUUCAUCACCGUCAUCUUCCUUAUCCUGAACCAGAUCUUUUAUUGGAAGACACGGGAGGAAGAUUCAGAAGAUGAUCGAGCAAGAAUGGGCAUCCGUGCUCAAAUGUUCAUGAUUCAAGUCACCACUUUUUUCAUAUGGAUGGGAUUUACGGCACUUAUCUUCUCGAAACUCGAGCAUUGGGAGCUCACGCAAGGAAUAUAUUUUAUGGUCGUAUCAGUAACAACCGUUGGCUUUGGCGACGUCACCCCAGAAACGACCGCGGGCCGAAUCAUUCUCUUUCCACUGGUCCUGCUUGGAAUCGCACUCGAAGGUUUGCUGUGGUUUGAGAAUCUUUGAUGUUGUUGACUGAACUGCAAACAGGUUUAAUCAUUUCCUCCGUCAACUCGAUAGUUCAGACCCGUAUUCGCCGGCGGCAGGCUAUGAACCAUGCUCGCUUCCGUCUUGCUCGUCAG